AUGUCAGGCUCCGAAACAGUAAUUGAAGAGGAAUUGCAGAACAGGGACAAAUUAAUUUCGGAUGUCAAGCAGAGGUACUCCGAGAUUAUUCAAGUUCCAGAGGAUGGUCUCACAGUGCAUCAACUCAUCCAACUGAGGCAGAUACAGCUCAGGGUGGACAGUAUUACGGAGGUUUAUCAGGAACUCACCAAGGUCAUCAUGACCGACGAGGAUGUCACCUCCGAGGAUUUGGACGGCCACGAUAGGAUCCUGGAUUCCGAAUGGGCAGAAUUACUCACCAUCCAGGGGAGCCUGAUCGAGUCCAUUCCACACGAUCACCCGUAUCUCGCGAACGGGGUAUUCGAGCAGGCAGCCACCACCAGGACGCUGUGCGUCAGGCUCAUCAGCAGGUUGAGGGGUCAACUAGCUAAGAAAGCUCAGCCACCCAGUACACCACCGAAUCCUCAACACCACGAUCAACUGAAGAGACUGGACAUCAAGCCUUUUGAUGGGAAUCCUUCACAGUGGAAGGAGUUCAGUGACCUCUUCACGUCACUGGUGGGCAGCAAAUCUACAAUUUCCCCAGUGGAGAAAUUGGUGAGGCUGAAGAGCAGCCUCAGAGGACCAGCAGCAGCUCUGAUCUCUACGAUACCCAUCAGCGAUCAGAAUUAUGAGAACGCAUGGAGAAAGCUCCAAAAGAAGUACGAUGAUCCCAGAUUUUUGGCACAGUACUUAUUUAAUCGAGUCCUGGAGUGGCCAAAAAUCACCAAACCCACGGAACAGAAUCUCACCGACAACGUGGCAGCAGUGAUCGAGUCGCUGGACCAGCUCAGAACAGUGGCCGGCCUUUCAGAAGCGAACCUAACAGAACAGCUCCUCAAAGAGUUCGUCGUAUUCGUGGAGUCCUGUGCCAGGGGUAUCAACGCACGGUCCAAACUCCACUCCAGACAGCAGAUCACCGCUCCCAGCAAACCACCUAUUAAGAAGAAAGGAGCUUAUGCUGCAACUCAACAAGUGGAGGACAGCGCUCAGCAGAACAGUCACCAAAGGAAAGAGUGUUCCAUGUGCAAAGGGAACCAAGGUCAGCAAUUCAAGGAGCUGGACCCAGUAAAGAGAAACGGCCUGGCCAUCGACAAGAAACUAUGCUUCAGGUGCCUGGGCACGCACAAAAAAGACAGGUGCAGCUUAGACGAACAAUGCCACAAGUGCAAAGGAUCUCACCACACUCUGAUCCACGGAGGCAGCAGGUACACAGGAUGGGCUCCUCCACGUCGUGACUCGGAAGCUGCAGUGUUCUCUGGAACUGCCAACAGACCUGCAGAAGAGAGGAUCGACGAGGACCAGACUAAGCCGAGUACAUCAACAGCAGGAGUUAACCUCAACAAUCAGAUAACCAAUGGAAACCAGCAGUCAAAUCAACCUUCAGAAGAUCAAAAAUCGGUGCUGUUGGCGACAGCCCGAGUUACAGUGAAAUCACCACGAGGAUUCUCCAUCAGAGCCAGAGUCCUCAUCGAUCAGGGAUCAGAGGUGUCAUUCAUCUCAGAAAAACUAGUAAAUCAACUGCACCUGUCCAGGAAAUCAACAAUGUUGGAAUUAAUCGGAAUUGGAGGAGUUAAUUCCGGCAGCACGAGAGAAUUGGUAUCAGUUACACUUCAGGCAAUCAACGGAAAUCAACAGGUUCAGAUCAGCGCCCACAAAUUGAAGAAACUCACCGCAAUUCUACCAUCGUUCUCAUGUGCCUCAGCGAACAUCAGUUCAUUAGAAAAUCUCCAGCUAGCAGAUCAGCAGUAUCUCAAGCCCGGACCAAUCGAUAUCAUCAUAGGGGCUGACAACUACGGGCGAAUCAUCAGAGAUGAAGUUGUCAAGUCCAAGCAGUCAAAAGUCGUCGGCCAACGCACAGUCUUUGGUUGGAUUCUAUCAGGUCCAAUCAACUGCACCGGUUGUUCAGCGAGGAUCUCCCUAUCAGCUGUAAGGACCUCCUCAAACGAACAACUUCUAGAACUUCUCCAGAAAUUUUGGGUCCAGGAAGAGUUACCAGUUCAGCAGUCAGAAAAUUCAGAGAUAUCACCAGACGAGCUGGAGUGUGAGAAACACUUCAGGUCUACACACUGCAGAGAUUCAACGGGACGGUACAUAGUGAGGCUCCCGUUGAAAACCUUCACAGCAGCUCUCGGGGAGUCGAAAUUCAAGGCUUCGCGUCAGCUCAGAUCUACAGUCAGCAAACUCACCAAUAAUCAGGCAUAUGCCCAGCUGUACAAGGAGUUCAUCAACGAGUACGAAACUUUGGGUCAUAUGCAAAGAGCACCAGAGAUAGCAGAACCCGUUCCAGUUUAUUAUCUUCCACACCACGGGGUUCUGAGAGCAGAUGCAAUCACCACAAGGUUGAGAGUCGUCUUCAACGGCUCCAGCCCCACUUCAUCAGGAACGUCACUCAACGACAUUCUACAUCCAGGUGGAAAACUUCAGACCAACGCCAUGGACGUUCUAACAUGGAUGAGAAAGCACAGGCUCGUGUUUGGCAUUGACAUAGUCAAGAUGUUCAGGCAAAUACGAGUUCAUCAGGACGAUUGGGACCUGCAGAGAAUUUUGUGGGUUGACGACAACAAACAGCAAAUCUCCUACCAGCUCACCACCGUCACCUACGGGCUCAAUUGCUCCCCAUGGCUGUCUCUGAGAGUUCUCCAGCAGUUAGCAGAGGACGAGGGUCCACGAUUUCCAGCAGCCGUCGAGACAAUCACCAGAGGUCGUUAA